UACACCGUUUGUAACUCAACGACAUUAACACAAUAACACACUCAAUAUCAUUGUUAUUUAACACUGUUGAAAACUAAGUGUGUGUGUGUUUCAGCCUCACUAAAGCUCUGGAGGAGGAAGAUGAAGAGGAAGAUGAUGACAGGAGGAGAAAGCUGGAGGUCAAACCCACUCAGGCGUCUCACACUAAUUACCUGCUGAUGAGGGGAUACUACACACACGGCAUCCUGCGCUCGCAAACACACAACUCCAACAGCACAGAUAACAUCAUGGUCAACACCUGCAGCGUACGCCUGCAGCUGAGGGAAACGGCCCAACACACACUCUUCACUGCAGAUGCAGACUUCGCUCUCUCUCCGUCCAUUCGUCCGUCUCUGCCACUCUACUUCACGCGCGUGUAUCACUCACCACCUGUUGACUGGCAGUCGUUCCUGGACAAGUGUGUGAGUGUGUGUGGAUAUGGAGAGCAGGACCUCCAGGCUGUGGUGGAGAUCAGGGAUGCGGUGGCAGAGGGGGCGGAGUUUGGCGUUGACAGACAGGAGCUGUGUGAGCGCUUCAUACACCUGGAUGAGGUGGAGGAGGGGCGGAGCCGAGCACUGGUGCAAUACAUUCAGGAUCUGGUGGACGGGGAGCAGCUGGUGGAGGUGGGCGCUCUCUCUCAGAGGCUGGUGGUUAUGGAGGCUGCAUCUCAUUGGCUGUUGGAAAGCGAGUGCUACAGUGAAGAGACACAGCAGCCAUUAGCAAAGAGAGGCUCCAGCUCUGACUCUGCCUACGUCACACCUCCACCUGCCAAAAGGCGGGCCUUGGAUGCUGAUUUCCAGAAAGCUGGAGUCUCAACAGACAACAUUGUCAAUCCGACUGUCGCCAUGGAUACAGUCUCCACCAGCAUGCCUAUUAAUCAGACUGUUGCCAUAGAUACCAUCUGCACAGAGACAAAUGUCAGUCAGACUGUCGCCGUGGAUACAGUCUCCACAGAGAAAGCAGCCAGCCUAACUAUUACAGUGGAUACCGUCUCCACAAAGAGUGAUGCCUUGGAUACAGUCUCAACAAAAACAGCUGUCAGUCAGACUGUCACCAUGGAUACUGUGUCCACGGACACAGCUGUCGGUCAGAUUGUUGCCAUGGAUACCCUCUCCAAGAACACUGGUGUCAGUCAGGCUGUUACCAUGGAUACUGAUGCUGAGACUGCCGUUGGUGUUUCCGGAGCCUCAGAUCAGUGUGUUUCAGACACCAGCAGGGCGGAGCUUUCUGAAGAUAUAAAGAAAGAUGGAGCUGCUGGAGCUGCUGAUCAGCAGGAGGCCGGGUCGCUGCGGUUCGUGAGCCGGCCGUGGCGUGUGGUGGACGGAUCUCUGAACCGGCCGGUGUGUAAAGGCAUGCUGGAGUCUCUGCUGCUGCACAUCAUGAGCAGCCCAGCCCUGCACGAGGCCCAGCUGCUGCAGCACUACAGUCAGGUCCUGCAGCCCACCGUGGUGCUGGAGCUGCUGCAGGUGCUCGUGGAUCUGGGGUGUGUAAGGAAGCGUUUGAUCGUGCCGCCGCGGCGAGUGUCUCUGUUCUCUCGGCCCCAGGGCCCACAGCUGAAGGACCCGGCGGAGGAGCGUGUGAGUGUGCGUGUGCGUGAUGCAGCCGUGGUCUUCUACGAGCCGACGGUGGACUGUGUGUUACGGCUCGCACGAGUGUUUCCACACGAGCUCAACUGGAACAAAUGGGUGCAGCUGUGUAUGCGUGUGUGUGAGUGAGCGAGCGUGCGUGCGUGCGUGUGUGUGUGUGUGUGUGUGUGUAUUCUGCGUCUCCUGCAGUGAACACAGAGAGCUGGUCCUCUUUGGUUUGACCUCAGCAGUGUGUCCUCCUGCUCUGCUCUGCUCUGCUCCUCUGCUGGAGACGGCUGGAUGUGAAUAUUGACCUUUGUUUUAUCAAUAAACGCUCUUUCUACAUUAA